GAAAACGAGGCUUGUUGCCGAUUAGCAGACGACAACUUAUUAGAGAUUUAAUGGGAAUUAUUCCUAGAAUUGGCUUCAAGAAACGUUUAAUUGACCCUAGCUAGGUUUCACAUAGUCACCAGGGGAAUGUCUACAAUUCAAUUUAGAAAUUCAAGCUGUUGCGUAGAAUGCGGUGCUAAGGCGAAAGAACCUUUCAAGAAGUUCGACGGAAAUGUCAUUAAAAUGACUUACUGCGACGAAUGUGGGGAGUUAGUUGAUAAAUAUUUUGAAUACGAUACUGUCUUGAAAAUACUGUCCCUACUUCUACACAAACCUCAAGGUUACAAACACAUCGUACUAAAUAGCCGUUCCACAGGUGAGCACGAAUGGAAGUUAUUAUUAGUUUUGGUUUUGUGUGACGCUUACCAGAGAUGGGCUAUUUUGUACGCUAAAGAAUAUUCGAAAGAGACUGAGAUGAUAUUCUAUGCAGCUUUGGAAAUGAAUUUUUAUUACUGCUUCGUUUACGCCAUGUUCAAAUGGUUUAUAUUAAAUAUUAUACUCUCUGCAACGCUUUUCCUCUACGAUGGAAAACCUUGUUUAGAUCGGUUGACAACGAUAAUGAGAUGUAUGAUUAUAUCCAGUUUCGCGAAACUAUUUGCCAUUCCGGCCUUAAUCUGGGCUCAAACCCAAAGCACUAAUUACCUUGCUCUUACCUAUUUAUUUUUGCUCACUUCUAAUAUUACCGCCUUAAAGGCAUUGAUUUGCGAGCAAGUUUCAUCAAUGUUCAACAAUCUAUGA